AUGGAUGGCAAUCAGGAGUUACUUCCCUGUGAAGUCUGUGGAAGACGCUUUGCAGCAGAUGUUCUGGAAAGGCAUGGACCAAUAUGUAGAAAACUCUUCAACAAAAAACGUAAACCUUUCAAUUCCUUGAAACAAAGAUUACAGGGCACUGACAUUCCCAUUGUGAGAAAGGCUCCUCAAUCCAAGCCUCAGCCUGUGAGGAGAUCUAACUGGAGACAGCAACAUGAAGACUUCAUUAAUGCCAUCCGUUCGGCAAAGCAGUGUACGCUAGCCAUUAAAGAAGGCCGACCUCUCCCCCCUCCACCUCCUCCAACCAUCAACCCAGAUUAUAUUCAAUGCCCAUAUUGUAUGAGGAGGUUUAAUGAAACUGCAGCCAACCGACAUAUUAAUUUCUGCAAGGAUCAGUCUUCUCGCCGAGUCUUUGAUCCAGCCCAAACAGCAGCCAAAUUGGCAUCCAGAGGGCAGGCUAAGGCUCAGAUGAAUCCAAAAAAAGAGCCAACUGUAACCAGUGCUGUGGGAGCCCUGCUGCAGAACAGAGCCCUGGGGGCCCCAAAUGUGACCCCACCUAGACCAGGAUUAACUGUGGACCCUGCUUCUGGAGCAAAACUCAGACAAGGAUUUACUAAAUCUUCUAAAAAAGAUUAA